UGCAUAAGGAGAGUUUUCGGGUUCACCUCCUCCAACCAGUAAAUCAAGAAGAUCAAUAAAUUGCAGACAAAAUCAACCUAUAUCCCAAAAAUUAAACUCAUGGAGUCAUCAUCAUUCUACUGCCUCUUCAUCUGCGUCUUUCUAUUUCUUAUUCAACAACCAACAAACUGCCAACAAGAGUAUCUUCACAGCAAUCAAACUACCUGUAAUGUGUCCAAAGGAUACCUGUGCAAUGGACCUCAAGUUCCAUGCCAAUCCUUCGUGACCUUUCUAUCCCGCUCACCAUAUGACUCCCCAGCCAACAUUGCAUCUCUUUUAGGUUCAGAAGCCCCAAGUAUAGCCUUAAUCAAUAAUGGUAUUUCACCCGGAGAAGAAUUUCCUUCAGAGAAAUUGGUCAUAGUUCCUAUUUCUUGUUCUUGUACAGGCAGCAUAUACCAGCAUAGCACUCCCUACACCAUUCAAGCGGGGGACUAUUAUUAUGCAAUAGCCAAUGAGAAUUUCCAAGGCUUGACCACUUGUGCAGCCCUUCUCGGUCAAAAUUACUAUGAUGCACCUAAUUUAACAAUCGAAGGGCAAUUGAUGGUUCCAAUAAGAUGUGCAUGUCCAAGUUCAAGCCAAACUGCAAAUGGGGUGAUUUCUUUGUUGAUGUAUAUGUUGAGAGAUGGAGACUCCGUUGCUUCUAUUGGCAAUAUUUUUGGUGUUGAUGAAGCAAGCAUAUUAGAGGCUAACAUGUUGUCGAAGGACAGCCCUAUUUAUCCCUUUACACCUAUUCUGGUUCCACUUAAAAGCCAGAGCUGUAAGGCUGAUCCAGGAAAAUUCUUCUGCAAUUGUCUUAUUUAUGAUUCUCUUGAAGAUGAAAGCGUCCAAGGUCUCAACUGCAAAAAGGACAGAAAAAAGUUUCCUGUCAAACUGGUUAUCAUAUUAGGUAUUGGCAUUGGAAUUGGACUCUUAUGCUUGUUUCUUCUCGUCUUCAAGGUAUGUCAGUUCUUAAGGAGAAGAUCAUACAUAAUGCACAAGCAGAAAUUGUUUGAGCAAAACGGUGGCUUCUUGUUGCAACAACGCCUUGCAUCUUGUGGAGUAGGUGAAAAGGCAAAACUAUUUACGGCAGAGGAGCUUCAGAGAGCAACAGACAACUAUAACCAGAGUAGAUUUCUUGGUCAGGGAGGUUUUGGCACUGUUUACAAGGGAAUGUUACCAGAUGGUAGCAUAGUUGCUGUUAAAAGAUCAAAAACUAUCGACAGAACCCAAAUUGACCAAUUUAUAAAUGAGGUUGUGAUUCUCUCUCAGAUAAAUCAUAGGAACAUUGUCAAGCUUCUUGGCUGUUGUUUAGAAACUGAAUCUCCAUUAUUGGUCUAUGAGUUCAUUUCCAAUGGAACUCUUUCUCAUCAUGUUCAUAAGGAAAAUACAGAAUCUUCGAUUUCAUGGGAAGAUCGCUUUAGAAUUGCAAGUGAAAUAGCUGGAGCAGUAGCUUACAUGCACUCUGCAGCUUCAUUUCCUAUCUUUCAUCGAGACAUCAAAUCUUCAAACAUACUUUUAGACGAUAAGUACAGUGCAAAAGUGUCCGAUUUCGGAACUUCAAGAUCAAUCCCAUAUGACAAAACUCACCUAACUACUGCAGUACAAGGAACAUUCGGUUACUUAGAUCCUGUGUACUUUCAUACAAGUCGAUUCACAGAGAAAAGCGAUGUCUACAGUUUUGGUGUUGUGUUAAUAGAGCUUCUAACUGGGGAAAAACCUAUCUCCUUUGCUAGAUCUCAAGAUGAGAAAGGCCUUGUUGCUCAUUUCAUAUCAUCAACAAAGGAGGAUCGCCUUUUCCAACUUUUAGACCCUAUAGUCGCUAGAGAAGCAAGGGAAGAAGAUAUUGAUGGCAUUGCUAGGCUUGCAAUGAGAUGUCUAAGUUUGAAUGGGAAAAAGAGGCCUACAAUGAAAGAAGCAGCAAUGGAGUUGGAUGAACUAAGGAAGUCACAAAAGUCCAUAGAGAUAGGUCAUGAGCUUUCAUUGAGUGAUGAAGCAUCAUCCUUUGUGUAUGCCUUUGAUGAAACUGCAGAACAUGAAUAUGCAGAGAUGGAAACCAUCUCAAUCUAGAUGUGAUCAGCCCAUUUUCUUAUUUUGGAUAAUAAAAGCAAUGCUUAUUCUAUGAUCAAGAAUUUCUAUGUAUUAUGUUUACACAAUUGAAACAAAGCACCUUUUGAUCAUUUAUU